AUGACCCUUGAUAUUCCAGACUCAGUCCUGGGACCCCCAGGGGCCGAGCUUCCAAAAUCAGACUUGGGGUGGCGAGCGGAAGAGACUUUACCUGAAGGACCUGCGUCCACUGGUGGGGAUGCUCCGCCGACAGAGCACCGGGCUGGCUUUGCCCCGCAUGACCACUCCGGUCAGGAGAGAGAGAUGGAGAAAGCCACGGAUCGACUAGCCAGUGGAGCACAGAGCAUCCCUAAUGGUGGUCCGGCUGGUGAUGAGGGCACCCAUUCUGAAGAGGAAGGCUUUGCUAUGGAGGAUGAAGAUUCUGAUGGGGAACUGAAUACCUGGGAGCUGCCAGAAGGGGUGUCCAGCCGUCUGCCUAGGGAACAGGCUGCUGAUCUUUUUAAUGAGGACUGGGACUUGGAGUUGAAAGCGGAUCAAGGGAAUCCGUAUGAUGCUGAUGACAUCCAGGGCUGCAUUUCUCAAGAGGUCAAACCUUGGGUGUGCUGUGCCCCGCAAGGAGACAUGAUCUAUGACCCCAGUUGGCAUCAUCCACCUCCACUGAUACCCCAUUAUUCCAAGAUGGUCUUUGAAACUGGACAAUUCGAUGACGCUGAAGACUGAAGGUACAGCUUUUUGCCUGCCAAGUACGUGGGUCUUCAAGAUGAAGGUCUUUCUUCUUUACUUUGAGGUGAGAUGUCAUAUCUGAGGAGACAUUCCCAGUGAUUCCUGAGCCAGGCACACAGACUGGUGUUAAAUAAGGUCCCACUGCCCCCUCGUUCUGUUGUUGUCGUUUUUCAUGAGUGUGUUACCUCUUUAGAUGUGUGUUUGUUUCUGCGUUAGGAGGAGGAGUUAUGUUCUUUAUAAAUAAAGGUAGAAAAAAAAAUCAA